GGAACAUAGACAAUAGAUGUUCGUAUUCAAAAUGGCUUUUCACCAUGGCAAAUCGACCCUUAUAUGACCUCUUACCACGAAAYUCGGAAUUCCAUAACUUUACCUCUUUACAUUUAACUGAUCGUCAGGCUAAAAUCAUUGGAAUGGGCUUGAAGUUUAGACCCACACUCAAGCCUCCUUCUGUCGACCAGUUUACAGUACAAAUUCAGGACUUCUGUCGCAGUGUCCGUUUGCAUGAUAAGUAUAAGGGUCAGCUAGCAGAUCGCAGUUUUAACCCGAAGCUUUAUGUCAAAUCUGGCUGGAAUCCUCCGCGGGAAAAUCCAGACCUUGAGGACAAACUGGACAGUCUAUGCAAGGAUUUGAAACUGAACAUUAGUCGUAACAAACCACACUGGAAGAGGAAUCUCUCUCCAAUGGAUCGCGAAGAGUUAAACCAAAUCAAGUGUGAUGAGUCUGUCAAAGUUCUGGCCACUGAUAAGAAUCUUGGACCAGCUCUAGUUUCUACUGAUUGGGUAAAAACCGAGACUCUUAAGCAGCUUAAUGACAGUCAAUCCUAUUCUAUUGUGUCAACACAAGAGUGGGGAUUGAGACGUCGGCAGGUAAUUGCUACUCGCGAUAAACUGUUGUCAACUUUCAAGAAGUUUGUUCCCUCUAAUGCUCUAAAAUUCUUGCGUAGUUACGAUCAUUUCACUGAUCCUGCUAAAUUUUACAUAAUUCCUAAAAUCCACAAAAAUCCUAUGGUGGGUCGGCCUAUAGCAGCUUCUCACAGUUACAUCACUAGACCUCUUAGUAUUUUUGUGGAUGAAUUNGUUAAACCUAGGCUUAAAAUGCCCACAGUUCUUAGGGAUUCUGGUGAACUGAUUCAAGCUUUGGAGUCUAUCAGGUUGCCCUCGCAAUGCUUUCUAGUCACGGCUGAUGUUAUCUCGCUUUAUCCAAACGUGGAUAUUAAGAAAGCAUUAAUUGCCUUAGACCUACUGCUUAGAGAGGCCAAGGCGCCUGAGACACCUCUGUUAAUUCAGUUCGCUAGGCUUGUUUUUGAAAAUAAUGUUCUUAAAACAGAAUUUAGCGAGGAAAUAUUUCAUCAGAUAUACGGGAUAGCGAUGGGAACCCCUUUUGCAGUUACUGCCGCUAACGCUUUUAUGUAUUAUCUAGAAAAGGACCUGGUUAGCCAGUUCUCGAAUCACCUAGUGUUAUACAAGCGUUUUAUUGACGACAUUUUUUGCAUUUGGAAAGGUCCCAAGGCCUUUAUCAGAGGCGAACUUAUGCGCUAUACCAGAAAUAGCUCGACGUUUGAAGCUUUUAGCGAAACUCGUGCUAAAUUCUGGAAGCGCCUUCGGCUYCKCGGUUAUCCCGCCAACUUGGCAAGACUAUCGAAAAUGAAAGUCACUUGUGCAAAUAGAACCGUGCUUGCUAAGAUGGACUGUCUAGGGGAGAAUCAUGCUUCAAGCUUCUAUAAAGUCCAGGAAAGAAUAACGAAAGAAACUGCAGUUCUACAAGAGGAACAAAGUGCUCUAUCCACAAUGAAGUCAGCUUAUGCUGCAGAUCCUAGUAACUCUUCAAACAGUUUAUCCAAUAUAUUGCAAGCACAUCGUGAAGUAGAAAGUCUGAAGAGCUCAUGUCAUCCAGGUUUCGUAAUUGCAUUCGACAACAUAGAUAUGCAGCUGAACAGAAAGAACAUGACCAGUACAGCCCAAAACAGAACCUUUCACUGGGUAAACCACAAGAUGGUCAACAACCGUGUUKCAUGCUCUGAGCUACCAAGUGAUAGGCCUAAAUCAGAUAUUUUGGAUAUCCCAAAKAUCAAGUUCUUUCCAACAAUCACUGACCACCAGCAACAACGCAAUGACUAUGCUAUACUGGUCCCCCUUGGAGUUAUCUUUAAAAAUGAGAAUUUAAAUGAAGACAUGCUGGAGAUUCUUCAACAAUUUCAGACCUAUCUUCCAAGGAAGCCUGAUGGCAAGUAUGACGGGCAGUUGUUUGCGGGGGAUCAGUUAUCAGUGGAAAGGGCAGUGAACCUUAUUUCAUCAGUGGCAAAUGGCUACACACCAGAAGAUAGGUUCGAAGGCAUCCACCUACAACUUGGAGACUGGCAUGCUGGCAUGAAGUUGCUAACUAUGAUAUAUAAGAGAUUUUACAGUGGCCAAUCUGAGGUUGAUAACUGUACCCUGUUUUCGGACAGGACUAUUAUUAAUCGAAGAAAUGUGACUGCGGAUACGAAGGACUAAGAGACUAAAUUUUCAGUAAGUAACCAAAUUUUUAUCAUAUAGUAUUGUAUUAACACUGCCAUUAUUGACCAAAGCUGUAUUAAGUUAACAUUUUCAUUACUUAAAGUACUGUCAGUGCAAUACAUAAGGCCCAGGUCAAACUUUUUCUAACAAAACCAAGAUAUUCAAAAUGUAAAAAUGUAUAUAUUAUAAUAUGUUGAGUUUUUUCAUUCUCAUGUAAUUAACUGAUGUACAUGUAUCAAAGAAAGUUUGUGGCUAU